AUGCCUUCAAGAAUCGGGGAGAGCAUUCCGCCCUUCCCUGAAAACGUUCCUACCGCAGAUAUAUUCACCGUCGACUUCGACCGUUUGCGGGAAGGCGACCCAGAAGAGGCACGGAAGGUGUACGAGGCAUCAAAAGGCUAUGGCUUCUUCUACCUUAGCAACACACACGUGGACUAUGAUUUCAUGUUCGACCUUGCGAAUCAAACCUUCAACCUAGAUCCCGACGAGAAGAUGAAGUACGAGAUGGGAAACACCGGGAGCUACUUCGGGUACAAGAUGAGUGGAAGUAAUUACGUCGACUCGAAGGGCACGCCGGACAAGAGCGAGUUCUACAACAUCUCCAAGGACGAUGUGAUGAGGAACGGACAGUACAAAGAUCAUCCGCUCGAGCAUCCGGAGACGAUCAAGCGCAGACGAGCAGAGUUGGAAGAGUUCAUGGCAUCGUGUCAUCGUGUUGUCCUGAUGGUCCUCAGAACGCUAGGCGAGCAGCUGGGGCUGGCACCAGACACACUGCCCGAUCUGCACAGACUGGAUCGAGUUGGUGGUGAUCAGGCGAGGGUUACGCAUGCCCCGCCUGUGAGCGCAGACACCAUUACUUUGGGUGAACAUACAGACUUCGGAAGCGUAACAGUUUUGUUCAAUCAACUGGGUGGUCUACAGGUCAUCAACCCAGAGUCACAAGACUACAAGUACGUGAAGCCGCAACCUGGGUGCGCCAUCAUCAAUCUCGGAGAUGCGCUUGUGAAGCUUGUCGGGGGUCGCUUAUAUAGCGGUGUACACCGUGUUGUUGGUCCUCCCGGCGAACAAGCGCAGUCGCCUCGACAUUCUGUUGUCUACUUCAGCCGGCCGAAUGGGGAGGUGAAGUUGAAAAGCCUGCUUGAUCCCGAUGACGGCGAAGAGGCAAUGACUGCGGAUGAUUGGAUCGCACAGCGAGCGAAGCUCAGGAGGACCGCGAACUUCCAGGGCGAGAGUACGUAUCAUGCUAGCAGAGGGACUGAGCAUACGAAGAGUCGGGAUAAGCCUAAGCUGGAUAAGCCUGCGCGGGAGGUCGAGGCGGUAUAG